CCCCGAACCAGUCCCGCUUAUGUCAGUGGCCAAUCAUCAAUGCACAGUUGUCCAUGGGCAGAUUCAGGCUCUCCGGCAAAUAAAGGAAUUGCUCAACUAUAAUUUACUUAAACUGUAGUUAAUUUAAAAAGUUGCAACUGGUGACUGAACAAGAAGAGCCCUGGAUAACUGAAGAAGCGAUCAGAAGGAUGAAAAUUCACGGACUUGUCCCUGCAGGACUUCCACUGCUGAUCCUACUGCUCGAUUUUUGUCUCGUGCUUUGUGGAGGGCGAGACUUUUAUGCCAUACUCGGUCUUCCCCGAUCUGCUACAACGCAUCAAAUUAAAAAAGCUUAUCGCCGCCUUGCGAAAGAACUUCAUCCCGACAAGAAUACGGAGGAUCCUGAAGCCGUUCAAAAGUUUCAAGAUUUGAGUGCUGCAUAUGAAGCGUUAUCUGACACUGAGAAACGAGAAACGUAUGACCGUUGUGGAGAGGAUUGUUUGAAAAAGGAGGGUGGCUUCGGUUCUAUGGACCCAUUUCAAUCUUUCUUUGGUGACUUUGGGUUUGGAUUUGGGGGUCAAGAACGGAAUAAAGAAGUGUUAAGAGGGGCGGAUAUCGUGAUGGAUUUAUUCGUCACAUUGGAAGAACUUUAUUCUGGAAAUUUUGUAGAGCUUACGAGGAAUAAGCCUGUGUCGAAACCAUCCUCCGGAACAAGAAAAUGCAAUUGCAGACAAGAAAUGGUUACUCGACAGUUGGGACCCGGACGAUUUCAGAUGACACAACAAAGUGUUUGUGACGAGUGUCCAAAUAUAAAGUUUGUUAAUGAGGAAAAAAUCUUGGAAGUGGAAAUAGAGCCUGGAAUGGUUGAUGGUCAGGAACAUCGAUUCGUGGCAGAAGGUGAACCCCACAUUGACGGAGACCCGGGCGACCUUCGAAUUCGUAUCAAAACUAUGCCUCACACGAAAUUCGAAAGGAAAGGGGACGAUUUGUACACCAAUAUUACGAUCUCACUUCAGGAUGCUCUCACCGGUUUUUCACUGAAUAUACCUCAUCUCGAUGGACAUGCUGUUCAUGUAUCUAGAGAUAAGAUCACAUGGCCAGGAGCAAGAAUUCGCAAGAAGGGGGAAGGAAUGCCGAAUUAUGAUGAUAACAAUUUACAUGGCGUCUUGUAUAUCACUUUUGAUGUAGAAUUCCCUAAAAAGGAGUUGUCAUCCGAAGAAAAAGAAGGUAUCAAGAAAAUCUUAGAACAAAGUUCCAUUAGUAAAGUGUAUAAUGGUUUCCGAAUGAGUUCUUAAAGUUUAUGAUUUUAGUUUUUUUUGUGAGGGGUGAAUUAGUAGGCAUAAUAAUAAUAAUACUAAUAUUUAUGAAAUGGGUUCAAUAGCCAAACCAAUGUAUAAAAUUGUGUAAAUACACAAACAAAACACAUCCACUCCGUGUCUGGUCAUGAAGGGAAAAGGGGAAUGUGUGAGUAUCGGUCUUAUUUAUAAAGAUUUCAAUGUUAUGACCGUCUGCAAUUCCUCAAACUUAUUAUCACUUAUCUUCUAUUUUCGAAUUAAGAAACGACUCGUAAUUUUUACUUAUUAUUAGCUUUACGUCUUUGUUGAAAUUACAAUAUUAUUUAAGAAGCUAGUUUAAUUUUUGUCUGUGAUGCAGGAGUUUUAUUAUCUUUGUUAAUUUAAAUGUAAAAUAUAAAAUAAUUUGGCAACGAGUAGACUUAGUUGUUUUGUAUACAGAAGAAACAAACUUUGAAUACCGAUCAAUAAAAAUUGGAUGCAUCAUCACA